AUGACAAACCAGUACAGCAUGCCAUGUGCUCCUUUCAUUGGAAUAAAUAGAUAUGGUCAAUCCAUCCAGCUUGGUUGUGGUUUUGUGAGGAAUGAAUCUUCUGUGAACUUUGUGUGGUUGUUUGAGCGGUUUUUAGAGGCAAUAGAUGGACUACAUCCAUUGAACAUCAUUACAGAUCAAGAUGCAGCUAUCAGAACUGCUAUCCUCAUUGUGUUCAUUGGCAUCAUACACAGGUUCUGCAGGUGGCAUAUAAUUGAAAAAGUUCAGGAAAAACUUGGUACUUUUGUUGCUCAGAGAGAAGACUUGCGUUUAGAGUUCAAUGAUGUGAUUGACUACAGCAUGACACCGGAAGAGUUUGAACAGCGGUGGGCAAAUAUGGUGGAAACGCAUGGGGUUGCAGAUAACACACAUUUUCUUGACCUCUAUGAUUUGCGUGAGUAUUUUGUGCCAGCAUAUUUCCGCCACCGGUUUUUCCCAUUCCUUCAAACUACAUCUAGAAGUGAAGGGUUUAAUGCUGUUCUUAAGCAGUAUGUUCAUCCACAUGAUAGCCUUGUUCGUUUCUUCAAGCAGUACAUGAAACUGCAGGAAAGAAUUGAUGUAACAGAAGAUGCUCAUGAGUUUGAUGGUGAUGAGAAGACAGUCAGGCUUUGGGGGGACUUUCCCAUGGAGAAGCAGAUCCUUAAGACAUACACCAUGCCCAUCUACAACCGCUUUCAGCUUGAGCUUCGGAAGAUUACAUCCUACAAUGUUCGUGACAUUGGUGUUACUGAACAAGGGAGCAUUCAUGAGGUUUUCCCAAUACAAGGAUCCGUGCGCGGGUACGGUAGGAGGAGUUAUCGUGUCGAUGCUGAUGUAGCUAAUGGAAUCUACAAUUGUGAAUGUUGCAAAAUUAACAGGGAUGGUAUCCUGUGCUGCCAUGCAUUGAAAGUUAUGACACAUCUAGGGAUGGUUACAAAAUACCCAGAGCACUACAUCCUACCUAGGUGGUGUCUACCCCCUCCCGACAUAGUUGCACCGCGGGAUGAGAGGCAAGAAAAGCCUGUUGGCCAGAAACUAUCUAGAAAAGAUAUAAGAUUGCUUAGAUAUGGUAACCUCUGCAGUGAUUUUGCUAAGCUUGCUGUUGGUUUAGCGGCCUCAGAGAAAACUAAUGAAAUAGCUGAACGGCACAUGAGAGCAAUGGAGAAAGAGAUGGCAGAUUUGAAAAAGGCUAAUGCUGAUGCACUCAAAAAAAGGAAGAGCGCCAAGCAUCCAGUAAACACCAACACUGCUAAUGAUUCACAAGAAAGUGUACCUAUGGAAGAAGAUGCUGCUACUGUGGAGAAUCGGAAAGCUAGGAACCCACCAAUGUCAGCGACAAAAGGGCGCCCAGGUUCAAAAAGAAAGAAAGGUGGUCUACAGUUACAGAAACCAAAACAAGGUCUUUGUGGUGUGUGCAAGCAACCAGGUCACGAUGCUCGUACGUGCGAGGUGCGACUAGCAAACCCAGAGAAGUACAGUUUGUUGGGCCUUUUUCAUUGA